AAGGGGACUAUCUUCCAGUGGCAGGCCCUUCGAUAAAAUCAGGAACUUGCGCUGGCCCUGCAAUGUCAAGGGAGGGGGCUCACGCAGGGCUCCUGUAGCGCAGGGGGCAGGCCCGAGCCCUGCGCCCUCCAGUCCGUCCGGCCCCCGACGGGGCUUCCCAUCCCAAGGGGCUCCGCACUGGCCCCCACCGAGGCAGGGGACCUGACCGGCUCGGAGCUCGGCUGGAUGUUACAGGCGUGCAAAAUGGAAGGGUUUCCCCUCGUCCCCCCUCAGCCAUCGGAAGACCUGGUUCCCUACGACACAGAUCUGUACCAGCGCCAGACGCACGAGUAUUACCCCUAUCUCAGCAGUGAUGGAGAAAGCCACAGCGACCAUUACUGGGACUUCCACCCGCACCACAUGCACAGCGAGUUCGAGAGCUUCGCCGAGAACCACUUCACGGAGCUGCAGAGCGUGCAACCCCCACAGCUGCAGCAGCUCUACCGCCACAUGGAGCUGGAGCAGAUGCACGUGCUGGACACCCCCAUGGCGCCCACCCACGCCGGCCUUGGCCACCAGGUGCGUGCGGCCGGCCCGGCCCACGGGAGCCCCCUGCCUGCGGUCCCCUACCUUCCCCGCAUGUGCCUCCCGUACCCCUCCCUGUCUCCGGCCCAGCCCAGCACGGACGAGGAGGAGGGCGAGCGGCAGAGCCCCCCGCUGGAGGUGUCUGACGGGGAGGCCGAGAGCCUGGAGCCGGGGCCGGGCCUCCUGCACGGGGAAACAGGCAGCAAGAAGAAGAUCCGCCUGUACCAGUUCCUGCUCGACCUGCUCCGCAGCGGCGACAUGAAGGACAGCAUCUGGUGGGUGGACAAGGACAAGGGCACCUUCCAGUUCUCGUCCAAGCACAAGGAGGCGCUGGCACACCGCUGGGGCAUCCAGAAGGGCAACCGGAAGAAGAUGACCUACCAGAAGAUGGCCCGCGCGCUGCGCAACUACGGCAAGACGGGCGAGGUCAAGAAGGUCAAGAAGAAGCUCACCUACCAGUUCAGCGGGGAGGUGCUGGGCCGCGGGAGCCUGGCCGAGCGGCGCCACCCGCCCCACUGAGCCCUGUGAGCCAGCGACCUGACCUGCCGGCCUGCCGGGCCUCCCUGCUGGCCAUAGCAUUAACCCCUCACCUGGCCCGGACACGGGGAGGAAAGCUCCCAGGGGCCAGGGCAGGACUGUGGCGGGCCGGGCCUCACCUCUCCACCCACACCCUCCUCCUCCGAGUCCCCGCCCCUUGUCCCUGCUCCACCUCCCACUGGACUCAAACCGCUGCUCUGACAGGCGCCUGGGUGUUCAACUAGCCUGGAAGGGGUCUGCCUUGCUUUAGUACGGCCAGGUGCUUCCUUGGGAGUUUGAAGCCCCCCACUGGUGUAAACGGACCGAUGCUUCUGAGCACCUCUCCCUCCUCACAACCUCUCCCUUUAGCUUCCUCAAGGAGCCCUCAUUAAAGUUAUUCUGGUGACUGCUCUUGCA